AUGUUGGACCAAAUGGCGAACGAAAUCAAACUCAUCUCGGGGAGCUCCCACCCCGAAAUCAGUGCCAAAGUCGCUAGUCGGCUCGGCAUUGAAAUCGCCAACACUAUGAGCCUCAACUACUCCAACCGUGAGACUAGCGUUUCUAUCGGCGAGUCCGUCCGUGAUGAGGACGUCUUUAUUCUUCAGUCUACUGCUCCUGGAGAUGUUAACGAUGGAUUGAUGGAACUGCUCAUCAUGAUCCACGCUUGUCGAACUGCCUCGGCCAGACGUAUCACUGCUGUUAUUCCCAGCUUUCCUUACGCGCGCCAGGAUAAGAAGGACAAGUCUCGAGCUCCUAUCAGUGCUAAACUGAUCGCAAAUAUGCUUCAAGUUUCUGGAUGCAACCAUGUCAUCACCAUGGACCUCCACGCUUCUCAGAUUCAAGGCUUCUUCAACGUCCCAGUGGACAACCUUUACGCAGAGCCCUCUGUCCUUCGUUGGAUCCGAGAGAACCUUAAUGUGGAAAACUGCGUGAUUGUUUCACCUGAUGCUGGUGGCGCCAAGCGUGCUACCUCUCUGGCUGACCGCCUCAACACUGGAUUCGCUCUCAUUCACAAGGAGCGCCCUCGUCCCAACGUCGUUGGCCGCAUGGUGCUCGUUGGUGACGUCCAGGAUAAGGUCGCCAUCCUAGUCGAUGACAUGGCAGACACUUGUGGAACUCUUGCCAAGGCUGCUGAGACCGUCCACAAGCACGGUGCCAGUGAAGUCUAUGCCAUCGUCACUCACGGUAUCCUGAGUGGCAAGGCCAUUGACACCAUCAACAGCUCUGUCCUCUCUGGUCUCGUUGUUACCAACACCGUGCCUCUGGGUGACAAGAUUGAGCGAUGCCCCAAGCUCAAGGUCAUUGAUGUCUCCGGAACCCUCGCUGAGGCUAUCCGACGAACCCACAACGGAGAAUCUGUCUCCUACCUUUUCAACAACGCCCCCGUCUAAGAUUCUUAAGCGCUAGAUGCAAGGUGCAAAACAAGGUUAUGGAGUUGCGGCGUACAUUUUUAGAGAUUGGGCUUGGGCCAAGUCGAUUCACGAUCGUUUGGGUAAAACUCUCAAAACCCACAAAAAGAGAUUUAGACUAUGUGAUGCACCAAGUUUUUGAGAUAUGCUGCAUGCUGUUCAGAGGUUGAACAUGCGCUCGUCGAUGUGGCCGGUAUUGUUUGCUAGCUUGAACGGUUCACAGGGCUUGUUCUGUUCAAUCAUAUGCUGCAGUAUAGAUGAACUGGGUUUAUGAUACAAUUGAUACAUGGAGCAAAGCAUUCGUACUGAGAAAAUGGAAUGCCAUGAGCCGACUUUAUC